UCACAGGCUCAAAAGUCCUGCUCGCGGCACAGAAGCGCACUUUCUACAGAGAUUUCUCUAUAGACAGUAUCCCACAACUAAAUCUGACAAGAUGAUGAAGUGCGGCGGUACAUCCGAGGUGAAACCGGCGGACCAAAAGAUUCAAGACAUUGCCGAUUCUGUAAAGAGUCAGGUGGAAGAGAAAGCGGGGAAGAAAUAUUGUAAAUUCCUGGUCAAAUCUUACAAAUCCCAGGUGGUUGCUGGAACCAACUUCUUCAUGAAGAUUCAAGUGGCAGAGGAAGACCACAUCCAUGUCCGUGUCUUCCAGGGGCUCCCUCACACUGGAGGUGCACUGGAGGUCCAUGGUCUUCAGGAGUCCAAGAGUCACCAUGAUCCCAUUGAGUAUUUCUAAAAGAUUCAGCACUACGAAUAUCACUACGAAUAUUCCAUCUGUGCCUGUAGGCUGCCGCAAAACACCAAAAACAAUGUCAUCCAGUUUUAUUGUGUGGUAAAGAUGUAGUGUGUAGUUAAAUGGUUACAAAAUGAUCAUGUCUUUUGCACAAGCAACAUUAAAAGACCUGUUGUUUUAC